AUGGCGGCGUCCGUGUUUGCCAAACCAGAGGUUGUUCAUGUUGGAGAAAGAGCAAGAGCCUCUCUACAGCGUCAGAUCCAGACUGCGCAAGAAGCUGCAGGCUGUUCUUGGAGAAGUUUGCGUCCUGAAUCUGUUGCCAUAACUUUGAUCGCUAUGAGAUCUUUGGCAUUUUUGGGCGCCCGAGCGAGGAGAAAGGCCUCAUGCCAUCGCCAUUUGCGCGUGCAGCUUUGCGCUGUUUCAGAGGUCUCCGGAUCUUGCAAAUCGCAAAAGUCUCCGAUGUGUGAGGUGCCAAGGCGGUCGACCUGUUCCGCCUUGCUGGGCACCGUUGCAACGUCUGCGGGAGCGACGGAACCUCGACAACAAGUGGCCGCUGCCAUGCAGAAGUUGGAAGACCUGACAAAUCCAGACAAUUUCAAAAAAAUUGCUGCUGGUGGAGGAGACAACAUCAGGCGUGAAGUUGGCACUGUAGGGAUGACAUCACCUUUGUUUGACGUCGACAAGGCUUUCAAAGCUUUGGCUGAGGAGGCUGAGGAUCCUGAAGCUUAUGUGGAGGUUUUGGAACGUUUUUUGAAGGCGCUCACCAACGCCGAUGCCGAUGCCUAUUCCAGUAUUUUCUCGAUGAACUCAGCGGCGGCAACCUCACCACAGGUUUACAUCAACAAGGCCUUUGAGGAGCUUGAAAUUGCCAAGACCAAUGCCAAAGAGCUCACGAGGAUGCUGAAGAUGUGA